AUGAAAGCACUCACCCUCUCCCUGGGCAUAUUUGCCCUCGCGCGCGCCGCUCCCGCCCCCUCCCCAGACCCCCUCUCCGGCGCCACCAUCGUCGACCAGCAAGUCACCGUCCAGGUCUUCCCCGACCAGCCGCCCGUGACGCUCAACGGCACGCUCCAGGAGGUCGAGGCCCAGCUCCGCCAGCUGAACCCCGACUGGGACUCGACGACAGCGUCGGGCAGCAACCAGGCUCGAGCAGCGGUCCCCGAUGACGUCAACGCCGCCGCCGGCCUUGAGAAGCGGGUCGACGAGGACUGGAGCAAGGCCAAGGUCAUCUGCUCACAGGGCAACUGGGGCUACGUCAACAACCUCGCGUACAACGAGAUUGUAAACAUAUACGAGAACUCGUGGCGGUCCAACACGGCCGCCGUGCUGCGGCCGGGGCCCAAGAAGUGCGGCAGGCUCUACUGCGCGUACCGCACCGCCUUCUACGCCUGCAACGAUAACGCCGAAAAGUACAGCGUCCACGACUUUACCGUCAUGUCGCACGCCAUCAGGGAAAUGUGGAAGCGUUGCGGCAACAACGAGCUCCACGACAUGAAGGGGGCACAGAUCUUUAGCCCGAAUAAAUGGAACAUCAUCAUGGAGCAAAAUCUCGACUGCUAG